AUGAAUAAAAAGUUAUCAUUAAAAUUAAAUGGUGGCAGACAUGUCCAAGGAAUAUUGCAGGGAUUUGAUCCAUUGAUGAAUCUCGUGAUAGACGAAUGUGUGGAGAUGGCAACUAGUGGGCAACAGGACAAUACUGGAAUGGUGGUAAUACGAGGAAAUAGUAUCACCAUGUUAGAAGCCUUGGAACGAGUAUAAAUAAUGGCUGUUCAACAGAAAAACCCAUGUCCCCUUGUCAACAGGCCCGUUUUUACUAUGAUGUAAAAAUCAGGUCAUGUACAU